UCGACUCUCUUUUCUUUCACUGAAUAUGCUUAGCUUCUCUCUGGUCCUGGAAAUCUCCCGAUGAAUAUGUAGUGGAUGCAUAGCCAAGUCGGCGGCGUCCUGACUGACCAAUCACAGGACACCUUCAAAACCCCUGGAACCAAUCGUGCUUCUGUUGCCUCCCAGCCGGCGGCUUCCCUGCCGCUCUUGCAAACUGUCUCCGUGUCUCUGAUAUUCACAGGGUACUGCUAAUCCUUCUCCGGCCGGGAGCAGUACGUGCAAGACAUGGGGAUCAUUAACUGGAUGCAGAAUCGCUUCAAUGGUAAACAUGAGAAGAGGCGACCCGAGGCCACCGCCGCCGCCGCCGCCGCCGCCUUUAGCUCAGCUCACGAAAGCUGCCGCCAAGACCACGGUCGCGAGGACAAGAUCCCCACCGGCGACUGGCCGCCACAGGGCCUCCUCUCGAUCGGGACACUGGGCGACGACCCACCACCGGCGGCGGGAGAUGGAGGUGGAGGCCCGCCGCGCGCGUCGCAGGCCGAUGUGCUGGACUUCACCAUCGAGGAGGUGAAGAAGCUGCAGGACGCGCUGAACAAGCUGCUCCGGCGCGCCAAGUCCAAGUCCAGCUCCUCCCGCGGGUCGGGCGCCACCGACGAGGACCGCGCUAGCCAGCUGCCGCUCGACAGGUUCCUCAACUGCCCAUCCAGCCUCGAGGUCGACCGGAGGAUCUCCCUGAGGCACGCCGCCGGCGACGGUGGUGGCGAGAAUGGCGAGUUCUCGCCAGACACGCAGAUCAUACUCAGCAAGGCCAGGGAUCUCCUCGUUAACAGUAACGGCACCACCAUCAAGAAGAAGUCGUUCAAGUUCCUCCUCAAGAAGAUGUUCGUCUGCCAUGGCGGCUUCGCCCCCGCACCGAGCUUGAAGGAUCCAGUUGAAUCAAGGAUAGAGAAGUUGUUCAGAACGAUGCUUCAGAAGAAGAUGAACAAUGCUCGCCCGAGCAAUGCUGCAGUGUCAUCCAGGAAGUACUACCUCGAAGACAAACCGAGUGGGAGGAUGAUGAUACGGGAUGGGCAUCACGAUGAAGAGGAUGAUGAAAAGGGUUCUGACAGAAUCAAGUGGGAUAAAACUGAUACUGACUUCAUUGUUCUGGAGAUCUAAAUCAUGAGGCUCGAGUUCAAGGCCAUUGUGAUAUCAAUUGUUUGCGAAUGAUCUAGUGAUGAUGGCCUUGACUCAGAAGACAAAUCCCAUUAAAAUAGUGCUGACAAUAAUCCCUAUUGAACGAAUAUAAUGUUCAGUUGAACAGCGAAACGAUCAGACGACGGGAUAUAUAUACUUAAUGCACCAGGGUGUAAUAUACUGAAUGAAGAUCACAAUUCACACCUACUAUACAUUGGCGGGCUUGUUCAAGCGUCACAAUGGAGCUGUUUAUAGGAAGAAUUCUCAGCUUUGUACUUUCCUUUUCCAUCUCAUCUUCAGAUGCCAGAUAUGUUAAUCUUCUCCAUAUAUAUACUAUCAGACAUGUUGUAGUUCUUUCUCA